AUGAUAUUGUUUAGGGCGUGGACGCUGCUCCUGGUGGCCGUGAUAACGCUGUUCAUGAAGCGCGCUUGUGCUUACACUCGUGAUAGUGGAAGAAGCCGAGUAUGUUGUCGACAUUCUCGUACAAUACUCAAGGAGGAAUUCGGUGACGAUUUCGACGAUGCGACCGCUAUCCCGUCGCUCGGAGGAGUAGAACAGCAUCUCAAAUUUGAACUAGAGCAUCAGAUGGCCAUAGAUGCGCCCUUUACGCCACGUGGAGUCGUUGAUAUCGUAAUCAGCGCGUCGUCUCCAAAGCCCAAAAUUUCAUUCUCGGACCUGCCGAUAUUGAGCGACAAUGACGUGGAGAAGCUGAAGAUUCUGCUACAUUCUGGCAGUCACUAUACUGUGCGAGCGAAGGCAGACCUGUCGGACCCGAACUCACGUUACGUCAUGACGUCCGUACCCAUGUGCAUGCUGGUAGCCAUGCGUCUGCGCGAGGACUUUGCUUUUCACUUGUCCGACAGUGGAAAACUUGUGGCUAUUGAGUACCUUACGCCAUACGUAGACGCUGUAACGUGUGCUGAACACCAGACAAGCAGUCUCAAGGACGUGCGCUUCGGCCCGUUUGGUUUAGUCUUGAAGGCACAGAUUGGUCCAUCACCUCCCAAGAACAUUGUGGUCAAGCGAGACCGCGCUCCUCAGGGAGUUGAGCCCGUGAAGAGCGAGGACGGCAACGAUGAGGCCGAAGAAGAGAGCCAAUCCUUUCUUCGCAAAUAUUGGUACAUCGUUCUGCCUAUCGUUGUGAUGAGCUUAUUCGGUGGCGGAGGCGCCGAGCCUGCAGGCGCAGCUGGUGGUGCUCCAGCUACUCCUACUGCCGGUGGAAGACGACAGUAG